UUUUGGUUGUUGAUAGCAAGGGCCUAAAACAUUGGCUCCAAAUUUGUCCCCAAAUUUUAUUUUAAACUGGAACAAUGAUAUUUCGGACAGCAGUAGAGCAUGCUAAGAAGCACCCUGGCCUCAUCCCCCAGUUCUUUUUCAUGUGUUUGGGAAUGGGCGGGGCAUUUUUCUACCUGGUCCGACUGGCCAAAGGACCUCAUGUCACCUGGAACAAAACCAGUAACCCAGAGCCUUGGAAUAAACUUGACCCCACAUACCAGUACAAGUUUGUGGCCAUCGAAACAGACUACAAAAACCUGAAGAAGGAAGGACCUGACUACUGAAUCUCCCACUGGGGAGGGAAAAUCUGAUAAAAAUCCUGAUCUAGGCUCAGAUUCACUCCCCUUCACCUCCUGGCAUCCUCACAGUGGGUGGAAGGUGAACUGGAUCCUAGAUCAGGAUCUAUAAUGUUUUAGUGUCUCUGCAGUGUUUGCAAAGCAGUUGGUGUGACUAGGAUUGUCAGUGAAUGGAUCCAGAAGGCACAUAUGAAUACAAGAUAAAUAUGUUGCAUUUCUGCAUACAUCUACACACUUACACAGGAAGGAUAUGACACACAUGUGCAUAUAAGUCCUUUAUGUCUGAACUUUCCUGGACAGUAUAUCAUGAACGGAGAAGGAACAAGAUUUGAGUUUUAGAAAUCUGAAUGUAUUAUUCUGAAUGUUUCAGUCAUCUGUUGGUAUCGCAUGCAUCCAAAACUGGUCAACAUAAAUGUAAAAUAUACAUGAUUUACAUUUAGGGAGCUACAACCUACAAACACACUGGUGUGCUUCGUUUAAGAGAAUGAAAGUUAAAAAUCUUCUGCACCUGAAAAGCAAUUGUUUCUUCAUAUUCUGCAAGCAUGAAGCUGUAAUAACUAUACCAAUCUUUGAGGAAAUCAGUUUGACCUGCUGCAUCGCGCUAAUGUCACUGAACUGCAAGUGCUUCUUCAUAACUGGCACAUGAUUGUAAGUUUAGCAGCCACUAAAUUCAGCAAUGACUGUGCAAGUUAUGAAAAAAGAUGCAUAAACUGGGAUCAA